GCAGCAGCAGGCGCGCAGGAGACGCGCUUGGAGACGGUCUGAAGCCGCAAUGGGAGUUUACGCAUCCAAGUUUCAAGAGUUCCUGCUACCGGCGUCGCUGCACUAAACAAAGACUCCGGUUUCUGUUUUCUCCCUCCCUCUCUCUCUCUAUUUCUCUCUCUUCCUCCCUCUCCUUUCGUGUAUGAGAGAGAGAGAGAGGUCUUCUAUGCGCCUUUUUUUUUGGUAUGAGGCGUUUCUAGCACAGGAUGUUGAUGAUUUUGGAAAGCCGGGUAAGAUCAUAAAGUCAGUUCUCUCUGAUGAGAGACACCUCCACCUCACCGCUACAUAAACACACACAAAAAAAGGGAAGCACGGUGGAAGUACUUUUUCAUUACCUCCAACACAAGGAUUUAUUUCAUAGUUAUUUUUCUGAAUGUCAUUAAGAAGCAGAGGGGCUUUUCUCAAAGACAGAAUGGAUCACUUUGCUGCAGAGUGCCUUGUUUCAAUGUCCAGUCGUGCAGUUGUUCACCCCCCUAAGGGCAACAGGGAGAUUAAACCGGAGAUCCCGACCUCCUCCAGGACUGGGGAGGAAAUAAAGGAGCCCCUGGUGAAGGAGAACUCCUCGCUUUUCGUGGUGGCGAGGAUCCUGGCGGAUUUUAAUCAGCAGACACCCAACGGGGUGGCCGAGCAGGCAAAGAUAAAGGAGGAGAUCACGCCGAACCUGAGAGAGGAUGGAAACCCUGCCACACCUACCGCCACCUCCGAUCCUGCGCUCAGACAAAGAGGCAAGAGAUCGAGAGGUCGGACUGAGCAGGAGCCACCUCAGAAAAAGCACAAAUGCAACUAUUCUGGCUGUGAAAAAGUUUAUGGCAAAUCCUCCCACCUCAAAGCCCACCUAAGGACACACACAGGUGAACGGCCUUUCCCAUGCACCUGGCCUGACUGCAUUAAGAAAUUUGCCCGUUCUGAUGAGCUGGCCCGCCACUACCGUACCCACACGGGGGAGAAGAAGUUUGGCUGCCCGCUCUGCGACAAACGCUUUAUGCGCAGCGACCACCUGAUGAAACAUGCCAGGCGCCACUCCGAUUUCCAGCCCAGCAUGUUAAAGAAGCCUCACGGCGGGACCAAUACGCGCCCAGGCUCUCUCAGCGACUACAGCCGCUCAGAUGCAUCCAGUCCCACCAUCAGCCCCACCCUCAGUCCAGCCAACUCGCCUUAAACUGAAACUUGGUCGCACUUUUCUGGCCCCCAGACUGUGAGGCCUGCAAUUUCAUCAUAACACUUUUGUUGCACAGUUGUGAGCAACCCGCCACCCCCUCCUUUGCUAUUCCUGCGCUUGCUGUGGUGUACCAUACUGUACAUAAGUGCUUAUUGUAGUGCAAUUACUUGUGUGAUCCUAAAAGAAGAUAAUGCCUUUCCCAGAUGGCGGUAUUUCCAUUCUGUACCACAUGUCUGUAUUUUCUGAGCUUCUGACUAUGGCUAGUUGUUAGUUGUAUAUUCAGUUUCGAAGAAGGAAAUGAAAAAAACAGACAGACUUCCUCAUAAGUCUUAUCAAUAUGUUUAGAUUUUAACUGAUUUCUUUUUUUUUAUUGAACGGGUCAGGAGAAGGGGUACACACAAACACACACACCUCAGGAUUUAAGACAGUUGCUCUUUCUGUAAUACCACAGUACUCGAGAGUACUCACAUUGACUGCACAAUAAACUCAUCACUUUAUUCGAAAAUUCAACAGGGAGUUGAAUUUUACGCCCUGCUCAGGGAUGGCCUUGUUAUCUUGAAAGAAUGAACAUGGUGAAGAGAAACAUACAGUACAUACUAUACUGCAGCCUUACACUCAACACACUUUGCACUCUUUGCUUUGUUUGUUGGCUUUCACGUUUUAGGAAACUAGGGUCGUUUUUUUGUGCAAAAUUUCAGUUCAUCUGCCCCACGUUUGGGGGUGAGGUCAAAUGUACCAUUCUCUUUGUGUUUUGAGAAAACAAUCAAUACCCCUGCAGCAGAAACAGAUGCAUAAGUGCUAAUAUUUAUUGACAUUACAAUAGGCAUAAGAAGUGCACUGCAUAAAAACUACCAUAUAGAGAAACAGAUGUGAAUCUGCACUGUCAGGUGGAAAAAGACUAUACUGGGUUAUUGUUUUCAUGAAAUUAUACAAUAUGUUUUUUUAAGAACCUACUGAACCUUUACAUAGUGGGAAUGAAGUUUAAAAGCAGCUGUUUAUGCAUAGGUGCAAAUACCAAGUUUCCUGCAAGUUUCUACAAAUAAAUCAAAUUCCUUUUUAAGCAUAUUAUGAUUUACAUUAGAAACCUACAUGAUGGAUAAGGACUAACCUAAAAACCAUUUAAUCAAUGGCUUGUGUUUAACUUAAUUACUAGCUUAAGAUAUUUAAUUUUACGUUUUGUCCGCUCAAAGUGGUGUCUUUCAGUUCUGGCAUGUGAGCUGCGUACUUUCAUGCUUAUGUAACUAACUUCUAAGCCUUUGUGGGGUUGAUAGUCCACAUUAAGUAUUUUGAUAAAUCGGUGUCAUUUUCUAGAUCAAAAUCCAUGAAAAAAAAAUUGAAGGAGGAUUUUUUAAACUUCUUCUUUAGCAAAAAAUAAUACCGGUACAUCUAAAAAAAGAAGCUAACUAAAGGUUACAGAAAAUAAGUACAAAAUAAACCACUUGCAAUGAAUCCAGCCUUUUAUAAAUCAACUAGAGGUAACUUUUUUGUCAUUUAAAUAAAAAGAAAGGUCAGCAAACCACUUAUUAAUCUAAGGGUAAAAACCAUUAAUUUGAGCUCAUUCAAGUUAGAGAACCUAAAAACUAUUUUACAGCCACAUAGAACUUGCAGAAACAUGGAUUACUCUUUAAACAGCACAGAUUUCAACUAAAAAUGGACAUUAAAAAAACUUUGGAAGCAACAAUUUAAUCACACAUCAAGCACAUAAGAAAUUUUACCAAAGACAAGCUUUUUAAUUCAGUCCUAAGGAGACUGGAAGAUAAAGCCACUGCCUAUAUCCUUUCCUCCUGGCUUGACUUCCCUGAAGGAAACAGCUGCACCCAAAAUUAGACAUUCCCAGUGGAGGGAGUGUUGGCAUGUCAUUUGUCUGGUGAGACUUUUCCGUUAUCUGGCUCUACCUGUCCUGUCAAUGAGCCCGCUGAAUAACAUGAAUGUUGCCCAAGUAUGAGGUCAAUUGUCAGCUAAGGCGUUAGGCCUAUCUGAGCUGAGGGAACAAAGCAGAUAUCUGCAACAAACAGGCAAGAGAGGGCAGGUCCUGAUAAAAGAGGAGAGAGUUAUAUCACAAGCUGAACAGCAUAAAGGAGGAGACACACGGAAGCAGACAUCCCGCCUCCCCCCCAACCCCACCCCCAACUGUAGCAACAGCCAACAAAAUAUCAAAAAUAGCUGUAAUUGGUAGCUUGAUCUGCACUGCAGGAUAAGAGCAAAUGUGUAUGAACAAGAGCUGAUGGUAGACAGCAUCAGCAGCGUGGGUGGGAGGUGCCCGACUUCAUCCAAAGCACAAACAGGAUUCCUUUUCAUGUAAGCUGCAGAAUCAGAUUUCACAAUGCAGAGGAAACCGUUGCUCCGAGCUCGCAUUGAUAAACCCAAGCUUCUAAACAGCUGCUUUUAAACUUCCUUUCUCCUCACAAGUUCGGGGGAUGGGAGCUUUCAAAGUGUUGCAAAAACAUUGGAACUAAAAUCAACAUAUCAGCAAAGUGCAGCGUUCGCCAGGCUUUUGUCAACUCAGCAUUCGGAGCUCAGAUGACCCCAUGAAAAAACCGAGAGACAUGCCUCUAUAAGUCAGGCUAAAGGGGAAAAAAGCAGGACUAUUAAAACUGUCGCAUCCCUGAUAGUCUGCGUUAUGUCCGCACCUUUAAUGCUUCCUUGCUGCAGUUGGAUGUACUGUCAUCCAUACAGUUCAGACUCCUGCAGAAUUAACUGCCACCGGGGCUAAUUUGACCAACUGUUGGUCUGUUAUCCCGCGCUCAACGCUACAUGCAUGUUAACUUUGCUCUGAAAGCGAGGAUCUUUUUUUUUUUUUUUGUCAGUCUGGCAGGUGUAAAUUCAUGAAUGUCAGGCCUUGUCCUUCUUCCUCAACUGCAGCCAUCUUCUCUUUUAAGUCCAAAUGAAUCCACUCUCAUUCUCACAUAUUUAGCUUAAAAUUCAACCGAUUUAAAACAAAAUCCUUUGUAUGUUGUUAAAAUUGUUUGCAGGCUGCAAAAUGACACUUUGAAUGCCACUGAUUUGCAGCUCUUUAAAAAAACGACGUGAGAGCUUAGCAUUUUCCUUAAAAAAAGAUAUGCUGUUGAUCAGCAUGCUUUCUGUAUAUUCUUGUUUUGGUUAUAAUUUUUUUUGACCUGGUUUUAAGUACUCACAUGCAAAUAAAAAAAAAAGGAGAAAAAAAUGACGCAUUAAUCAGUUUUUAAUCUAUAAUCUGCACAUUUUCCUCAGGGUCAACAUCUGCCUAGCAGAUAUGGGACAGUUUGUGGGGUUUUGUUGUAAAAUCAGUUGCCACACGCAGGUGGUCAUGCGUGCCCAGUGUUCACUGCUGGACGGUGUGUAACCACGGUGAAAAAACAAGACCACCUCGGUGCAGCCAUUUCAGCUAAUUUCAUGUCUCGAUACCAUCCUACAGUCUUGCUAAGACUAUGAAGCUGUUUUUAUGAUAACCAUUUGAACAGAAAAGUCUAUGCUUCCAGCCAGACUGAAAGAAGUGGCAUGUUGGCAUCCACAGACGGCGUCUCAAAAACCUUUACUCUCACUGUAACUAAUGUACUUGAAUAAUUCCAACACGCAAGGCCAUUGAACACAAUUUUGUACAUGUUUAGUUUUAAUGUUCUUUCAUUUUUUUCUGUCCAAGCCUUUGAAAGGAACAUGAAAAAAAGCCUGAUUCUUUGGCUCCUAAUUCCUUGUUAAUUUCAGAUUCCUGUCAGUCAUUUUCAGCUGUUUAGAGUACAUCACAUCUCAAAGGUUGAGAUUGUUUAUGUGUAAAUUUGAAUUUUGUGUGCUUUGAACAGGGACUUUUAUUCCCCCUGAGUAAUCUGUUGAUGUCAGGGAUUUCGGGUAAAUCCUGUAAUCCCAAAAAUAUUCCUUUAAUUAAUUAAAUGAAAAAAAGAAAAAAAACCUCUGGGGUGGGUGGGUUAUUUUGUUUUUACCUCUGUCUAUGUCAGUUUCACAUUCACUGAUAAUUUCUUCUUAUUGCUUUAGAUUAUUUUAAACUUUUUCCAUAUUAUCAGAGACCACGUAAUUGUGAGUUAGCAAUGUAGUCAUUAUUUGUAUUAUUAUUAUUAUUAUUGCUGUUGUUUAAGGGUGAAUUAUUAUUAUUAUUAUUGUUUUUUUCUGCUGAUUUAUACCUCUUGAGAUAUUUGAAGUUUGUUUUACCUUCAUAUCUUUUCAGAGAAUCCAUCAUGUAGCUUGUGUUUGCUUAAUGAGUAGCAAAAUAAUGUUGGUUUUUAUUUUUUUCCUACUUGAAUGAAGAAGUAGACAACGAAAGUUUUAUUUGUACAAAACUAAAAAUGAAACACUGGGCUGCAUUUGGUAUAACCAUUCCAUAGUGCCAGAUCCUGCAUGUCCCUCAAAAUAUAAGGAAAAACCAUCUUUUCAGGAGAACAUUUGUAUAUUUUUUUUCUUACUUCAUGCUAAAAACAUAUUUAAGCAUCCAGGUGAUCCCAAACUAUCACCUUCUUUUGGUUUCAAACCUGAAUUCCUACAUAUUAUCGCAGAUCUCUAAAGGCAAAGAUUCUAAAAUACUGACAGUACAUAUAUGAAUUAAAGCAUCAAACUAACAAUUUAAUGUUACAUUAUAUAUUUAAGUUCAUAUUAAGGACAUCAGUAAAAUACUGAUCAGACAUAGUCAGCUAAAGUACAAGCAUGAUUAACGCAAUUGUGUGCCAAAACUACAGUGGUAACUUCUUAAAGAGGAUACAAAUGUUGAGCAUAAAUAAUCUAGCUUCUGUAAGAUGUUUAAAAAAAAAUAAUCUUGUACAGUUUUAUAUAAAGUUUGACAUGUUGAAAUGUUAUGUACAGGAUUUGAUCAAGCAGUUUUUCCUUUAAGUUAAAUCUUUUUGUUCUGUGUCCUUUAUGUAAGCGUUUAGCUUCAUGUAGCUUUGUUUUCUUUGUUCUUCAUUUUGGUCCUUUUGUGUUGCUUCUGCUCAGUGCUGAAGCAGUGUAUAAUUGCUUACUGCAGCUAUUUUUGACAUCUUAACAGUUUAAUGAUGAUAGAUGCUUAACCAUUCCAAAGGAUUUAAGAUUGCAAUUGCUCUAAAUGUGCUGCUUCCCUCAACCUAAUGUGUUUUUAUGUAGGUGUGUCUGUGCACAAGGUACGUUUUCCAAUGUCCCACAUGCUUUAGACUACGCUUGGGUUUAGCAAAUUCAAAUGAAUACCUACACGUAAAAGCUACAAAGCACGUCGUCACACAGGACAAAGACCUAAAGCUUUUACUUUGUAAAGUAGGGAUUUUUUCCCCCCGCAUUUUUAGAGGCAGCCAUAUAGAAGGGUUUUAGUUCUUUGUUACCAAAGGUUUUGAAGGGAAAAGAAUGAAUGUUUCAUUUGAAUCCAGCUCUGUUUGAACCGAUGGGGUUCAGUUUCAAUGUGCUGUAUUAGUUGAUAGAUGGAUGUGCUAGACACUGACCUUUUUUUUUUUUAUAGAUAUAUCUUAAGUAGGCACCUCUUUAUUUUAUUUUUUUAGAAAGUAGACUGAAUGAACUUAAGUCGCUGACUUAUAAAAGAAUCCGUACUCAGAUUGAGUCUAAAAAUAAUCAAGGCAGUAAGAAAACAAGCAGAUCCAACCUGUUGGUCAUUUGAUUUUAAACAUGUCUGAGAGACGCUGUGCGGCACUCAUUCCUCAAUGCAGAGAAAGUCUGUUUGAAUAAAGUUUUCCUGUAGGGAUUUGCUUUCAGGUUCUGCAGCAUACAGUGGUGUCAUUAACCUCUGUGACCAUUAGAGAGCCUCUCACCGGCCUUUUCCAUUUUGUUUCCCGUACCUCUACGUCUGUAGUGCACCUCCUCAGUGUAAUGUUGCUCUCUUGAUACCUCUGUGUGUUUUUUCCUCUGCACCCUCACCAUCAGUUGCCUGUUGUAGUGACUCCGUGGUGCUGCUUCCUCCUCUUAAAGCACCCUUAUAAUCUGUUCUGUAAAUAACUCUCAGCUCAGCUAUGGCCAGUACAUUCCUCUCUAUGACCUCACAAAACCUUCAGGUGAAUCUGUUAUUUUAUUUUUUGUUAUUUUUAUUUUUUCUUCAGCAAACCAAAAUCACUACAUUUAAGUAUUACAGCUGUACAGUUCAAUGAAUUCAACACACAUAAUGUGCUGGUCUUAGCUGCUCUGUUUAUCUUUUUAUGGCAUUAUUUUUUACAUGUUAGACAAUAUAUUGUGACCAUGUCCUAUGCAAAUAUGAGAAAUAACAGAUUGUUGAAUAAUGUAUGUUGUCAUAACUUGUAUGCAUGAAAUAGUGAGGUUUACAUUUGGAAAUAAAUUCAUAAAAUAA